AUGAGUAAGACAACCGAAUCAUCUUUUGAACCACCCAAACCAACUUCCCUACACCCAGCCUACUCUGUUACAAAUAUUCAUACCAAAAUCAGAACCCUAGAUGGCACAACCAUAACCUAUUCAACCUGGACCAAACUGUUCAAUCUUCACGUCGUAGCCUAUAAGGUUGCGAACCACAUUGAUGAGACACUAGCCCCCGAUAAAACCAAUCCUGAUUACCCGCUGUGGAAAAAGUUGGAUGCUCUCGUGCUCCAAUGGAUAUACAGUACUGUUUCAGAUGAUCUCUUGGACCGGAUCUUGGAGACUAAUUCAACGGCUCGUGAUGCAUGGGUCAAGUUAGAAAAGAUAUUUUUAAGCAACAAGAAGGCGAGGGUUGCAGCCCUCGAAACCCGUUUCUGCAACCUAACUCUUACAGCAUGUUCUUCAUUGGAUGACUAUUGUAAAUAG